AUUUUAAACACAAAUGUUGUCUCUCUUUUUGUUCACUCUGGUCUCUUCAGGCUGAGUGGCUGCAAGCUGUCAGAGAGAAGCUGUGCAGCUCUGUCCUCAGUCCUCAGCUCCCAGUCCUCUAGUCUGAGAGAGCUGGACCUGAGUAACAACGACCUGCAGGAUUCAGGAGUGAAGCUGCUGUCUGCUGGACUGCAGAGUCCACUAUGUGAACUGAAGACUCUCAGGCUGUCAGGCUGUCUGGUCACAGAGGAAGGCGGUGAUGCUCUGGCCUCAGCUUUAAACCCCUCCCAUCUGAGAGAGCUGGACCUGAGCUACAAUCAUCCAGGAGCCUCAGGGGGGAGGCUGCUGUCUGCUGGACUGGACACGCUCAGCCUGGAGCCUGCUGCAGUUUGGUUCUUGAGGCCAGGCGUCAGGAAGUAUUCCUGUGGACUCACCCUGGACUCAAACACAGCACACAGAGAACUCAAACUGUCUGACUACAGCAGGAAGGUGACAGAUGUGAUGGAGAAUCAGCAAUAUCCUGAUCAUCCAGAGAGGUUUGACUCCUGGCCUCAGCUGAUGUGCACAGAAGCUCUGACCGAUCGCUGUUACUGGGAGGUCGAGUGGAGAGGAGAGGUUCAUAUAUCAGUGACUUACAGAGGGAUCAAGAGGAGAGGAGAGAGAGAGGACUGUUGGUUUGGAAGGAAUGAUCAGUCCUGGAGUCUGGAGUGCUCUCCUAAAGGUUACUCUGUCUGGCACAAUGAGAGAGAAACAGUCAUCUCCUCCUCCUCCCUCCUCUACCAUGUAUCCACCUAUAUACUUUCUCCCUACCUCCCCUCUGGUAGAGUAGCAGUGUAUCUGGAUCGUCCUGCUGGCUCUCUCUCCUUCUACAGAGUCUCCUCUGGCUCACUGAUCCACCUCCACACCUAACCCACAUUCACUGAACCUCUCUAUGCUGGCUUCGGGUUUCGGUUUGAGUUCUGGUCUUGGUCUGGUGCCUCGGUGUCUCUGUGUGCUCUGCAGCAGUGAUACCCCCCCCCCCCCCCCUCAGCAUCACUCUCAGCUGAGAGCCUUUCCUUCGUACGCCCCUCAGCAGAAACGUUACCUGUGCUCUUUGAAACCAGACCACAGAGAAAGCAAAGCUUCAGAUUCAGAGCGACUCUGGUUUGUAGACAGCGUCUGUGUCUCUGUCUCCAAAUGUCUUGCUGUUUCUCCAGAUGUAUGAAUGUUCCCGCUUUGCUUCGUUCAGCUUGAGAAAUACAGACUUCCUUUAUGUUCACAUAGUGUGUUAAUGAAGCUGAUUCUGAGUGAUCAUAAUGAACACCAGUCACUGCCAUACUGUCAUGAUCCCUCUGAGCACUAGAGGGCAGCAGUCACUGUCAGUUCUAUAUAACCCUUCUUAAUAUUCACCAAUAUAAAUCAGUGUGUUUCAAAUAUAAUCCUUGCGUCUUCAAAAAGCAUCAAAUAUGACAUAUUCCGCAAAGCUUGCAGCAGAGAUCGGCCACUCAGCCUCCCUGUUCAGGCCGUAUCGCAGAGACGCUCCAAGUGUGGCAAAGUCAAAACUGUCCAGCUUAGAGUUAACACAUACAUAUACUCCUGUUUGCCUGAUUGAUCAUGACGGAUGUAUUUGGCUGUACACACAUUACUUAUAUUACAUAUACUAACUCUUUACAUUUGAAUCAUCAUUAAAGUAUUUUGUCAGGCUUUCUAAAAUAAAAGUAGUGUUCUUGUUGCAGAGUUUGUGAAUGAACCGCAGCUGUUGCCUGGCAACGUAAUCCUGUUGAUAAUCAAUAAGGCUUAUUACUGUGGACUGUUUGAUAUGUGUAACACCAAGCAACACAGAGACAGUCUUAGCAUGACUCAGUGGUCGAGGUAAUAAAGAAAAUAAUUAAACAUAUUUUUAAUAUUCACUUUAUUUUGAAAUGAAAAGAAACCGGUAAAUAAAUCCAGUUUCCGGUGCGCUCCGACUCUCGGUCCUGAAGAUAGAGAUGAUAUAAUCAAACACAUAAAACAUGGAUGAUUGUGUCUUAUUGUUGAGUUCAUCACAGGGUGAGGUUUAGAAAAGAAUCACAGACUAGAUUCCAGUAUUUCUCUUCCUCACCGACGGCAACAAUUAUUCAAUAAAACCAAUAGAAAUACGUUGUUUUUAAAAUGGUUCUCAUUCGUUAAAAAAAGUAAGAUGGUGAACUGGAAUCAAGAGAUCGGAUCACCUGACUAUAACCCGACAUGCCGCGAGACUGGGUUGAACUGGGACAGAUACCAUCAUGUGUCCUUUCAUCUGGAGUCAGGAUGUACCGGAGGACUCUCUGCAGACCAGAUUGGUGUGUUGUAACCUUUUAAAUCUACAGUGAACUUAUUCAAAUGGAGUUCUGGAGUCUCAUGUUCUGACCUGUUGAAUUGAAUGUGUCAGGGAUGAAUGUGAAACCAUGGAUCCCAGUCCAAGAUGUAUUCAUGAGAUAAUGUUGGAGAGCCAGGAGAGGAUUGUUCUCUGAACAGAACUGUGGAGUCUAUCUUUAUAUAACAUUACAAGACUGAUUCUUAUCAUUACAUUGUGCUUAUUGUGCUCAUGAGAUUGCUAUGACUAUAGAAUAAAUAGACUCAAUCACUAGUCCCAGGUUCUGAAGUGUUAGAUACCAGCCAGGGGAAUAGUCAGAAGAAAGUUCAGCUUGCAAUAGGUUGUAGCAGAAGCCAGAAGCAGGCACUGUAGAAACAAUGAGUUACUGAGGCUAUGGCCUUGGCCGCCUGGGUUAGCUCCGCCCCCAGCUGGGAGUCAGUAUGACCAAGAUUCCACUUCUCUGUAGAAGCUUCAUCAAAACUAAUGAGUAUGAUGGUGCCAGAGUAGGGAGGGACUUCCACAGGCCGGCCGCAUGCUGAUUGGAGGAUCGUGUUGCCAAGAGACUCUGAGUCUGCCAACCAAAGAGAACCAAGUCUAAACCGCGGUAUCUCUUCAGCUAGUCUUGACCAAUCAAAAAUGUACGGGCAACGCCCUGUGUGAUAACAUGUAUUGUCGCACGAGGUUCGAGGCUCUAGUCUUGACGGAUUUGGUGGUUACAGAUUACAGCUUUGCUGCCUGUGAUUCCCAGAGACUUGAUGAGCCCUUGGCCAAGUGAUAUCUCUUUUGCUCUCUUUACAAUAAAUAGUUAAACUUC